CAAUUUCAAUUUCCAGCCUAGAAUUAAUAAUACAUAAUCGAAAAAAUGCGCAACUAAAACAGAAAAUUUAUGUGUCCAAGUGAACAAUUACACGGCUUAUAGAGAUGGGAACGGUACACGCGAAAGCCGACGAUAGGAGGAACAUUUUGGGAGAUACGGUGGAAAAUUUGAGUGGGAAUGAGAGGCAGCAGGAUAAGAGGCAGGAGGAUAUACAGUGGGAGGGUGUGAGGGCCAGAGUGGAUAAAAUACAUAUAGACGGCCUUGCUCGAACCAAAGAUGACAUAAUUGAAGAUUGCAUUCGAGAUUUAUUUAAAGCAAGCGAUUUUCAAGAUGUACUACUUAAAGCACACAGGGCUCGAUUGAAACUGGACGAAUUGGGCUGUUUCAAAAAUAUCUCUGUAUAUAUUGAUACAAGUAAAGGCCCAAAUGCCACACCUGAUGGUUUGGAAGUUACUUUUAACGUAAAAGAGUUAAAACGUCUUACAGGUGGUAUUAGUACUCACGUUGGUAACAAUGAGGGGGCUCUUUUGGUGGGCAUGAAGGCCCCAAAUAUAUUGGGUAGGGGGGAAAGAGUACAGGUCGAGUACACUCAUGGAUCGAAAAAAACUAGCAAUUUUAACAUUGGUUUUGUUAAACCAUUCAGAGGGCGCCACAGACCUGUUUUUACCACUUCACUGUUUCAAGCGCAUUCAGAAUGGCCAACAUCUGGAUACAAAUCUAUUGAAAGAGGUUUGUUGUUGGAUUUUGCCUUUCAUUCAUCUUCACUGGUGAAACAUAAUUUACAAUGGAGUGGCGACGUAAGGGAUUUCAACUGUUUGAGUCGUUCCACUUCUUUCGACGUUAGGGAACAAUCCGGUUUGAGUUUAAAGUCGGCCUUAAGACACAUUUUAUCGAUGGAUCUAAGGGACGACCUAAUAUUUCCCACGCAGGGAAGUUUGUUCGAGUUGACAUCGGAAUUCGCCGGCCUAGGUGGCGACGUCGGCUUCAUAAAGAACAAGUUCACUUUCCAAAGCAACUAUUCCGUAAUGGAGGACAUUGUUUUCCAAGGCAGCCUCACCGGCGGCGUCAUGACGCCGACAAGUCCCGACAUGAAGAUCAGCAUGGCCGACAUGUUUUACCUGGGUGGGCCCCUGAGCGUCAGGGGCUUUCAGCUGAGGGGCGUAGGGCCCCACUCUGAAGGCAACGCCUUGGGGUCGAUGUGCUACUGGGCUGCAGGGUUGCACCUGUUUGCGCCGUUGCCGUUCAGGCCAGGUAGAGGUGGGUUCGGCGAACUGUUCCGCACCCACCUCUUCGUGAACGCCGGCAACGUUGGAGACUUCAAGUUGGAUGACAGCAACCUACUGUCAACCAUCCAGAAAAACAUGCGUGUGUCUUACGGAUUGGGUUUGGCAUUGAGAUUAGGCAACAUGGCGCGCUUGGAAGUCAACUAUUGCUUUCCAUUGACGUUCGAUAAAGGCGACCACACGCAGUCAGGCGUUCAGUUCGGAAUCGGAGUGAAAUUCCUGUAACAAACCAUCAGCCCAAAGUGUUCAUAAGGAGGUUUUUAGUGCAUUUAUUUAAUUUAGUUUCGAUUUAUUUUCAGGAGGAAUAAAUUAAAUGUACAUGCAUUAGUCUUUGUUGUUAUUAUUGUGAAAUUCUACAAGUGAAGUUGAAUAAAAUGUUGAUACAAA